CAAGGUAAGUACUGUACCGUAUCAAUAACUACAUUAUUUUUGUAAUUGAAAACAAUUUUUUUUUGUUUCAUUAUUUUUUUUUUUUUAUUUUUUAGAUUAACAUCAUUGACAAAUUGAUGACUGGUAUGAACUCUGCCCUUAAAAAUGAGUUAGAAGAAUGCCCGAUCAGCUCAGCAAAAAUUCUAAACACAGCUUUAGAAAAAAUAAAAAAGAAGCACACACCAGUUUUUGAAACAUUUGCUAAGGUACACACGUUAAUAAACCACACACGACCUGUUAAUCCAACUGAACUGAGAGAAUAUGAGUCGGCAAUCACAGAUUUUUCAAGAGAGUAUCGAAAAGUUGCAACCAAUGUUAAGCAACCAAAGCUACAUAUGCUGGAACAUCAUUCAAUUGAAUUCAUGAGGAAGUGGAAGGUUGGUCUUGGCUUGCUGUCUGAGCAGGGUGGCGAACUAAUACAUGCAGAAUUCAAUCGCCGUAAAAGAUCUGUAUAUGGAUUACGAAGUCAUCUCGACCAAAUUAUGUCCGUUAUGAUAUCCCACCU